ACAAUUGUUUUGGACGCACUGUUUGUUUUUUUACUGGGCGCUUGUUUUUCAGUCUUUUAUUUUUACCGCAAAUUUGCAAAAGAAAAUUACUGUUGUUACUUGUUAAUUUGUUUUAACUCUCAUUUUUAUUUUUCAUCAAAUCGCAACACUCUAUUAUAGUAACUUAAAUAAAAUCUAACGUAACUUAGUUUCCAUAUAUUUUUAUAAAUUGAUACCUAUUUUUUAUCCGAGCAAUGUGAAUAAUUCCUACUGUUUGAUCCCAAUAAGUUUCACUAUGGAUGAGCGCUGGCAAAUAUUUUUUGACAAAUUUCCAGAGACAGUAACUAGUGAACAGUUACCUGUUAAAUUACCUAGAUUUGACUUGGAUUUAUGUGAAUUAGCUGGAGCAGCAGCCGACUGGUGUCAUCAGUAUUUGAAGGACAGAAAAUGUCCUAGUGAUCUCAUUGUAUUUUUAACUCAAAAAAUUAUAAACAAUCUCAGAGUCCAGUGGGCAGCCGAACCAAAGUUAUUUGGAUACCGACCUGAAAAGGAGGAUUAUCAAGCAUUAUGGUUAAUGCAGCGAGUUAUUGGAGAAUUGAAUGAAGUUUGUUUAAAUCAUGCUACUGUUAUUCCAUAUCAUAAACCUAUAUCAACUCCAGUGUGGUGGUCAUCAUUUGUGUUAAAAAAUACCAGAAGACAAAUGGAAGAUUAUAUAUCAGUUGUUCCUUAUUUGCAUACAUUGUUUGAUGUUAAGGCUUUUGGUGAAGCUUCUUUUUAUGCGGUAUAUGAUGGACAUAAUGGUUUAGAUGCUGCUGUUUAUAGUUCAAUGUAUUUACAUCAAUUUUUAGUACAGUCAGUGCACUAUCCAACUGAUCCAGAACACGCACUAUAUGAAGCAUUUUUUGCUACAGAUAAAGGCUUUACACAAAAAACAGAAAAAUAUAAUUUAGUAAGUGGCACAACUGCUGUUUGUGCAUUAUAUAGGCAACAAGAGAAAAAACUUUAUGUAGCAUGGGUUGGUGAUUCAAUUGCUACAUUGUGGAAAAAUGGAACUCCUUUAAGUUUGGUAAACAAACAUGUUCCAGAAAGAUAUGAUGAAGCUCAAAGAAUAGAGAAUGAAGGUGGAAUCAUAUCAAAAUGUCAAGGUAUUUGGCGUGUAGAUGGUCAGUUGGCAGUAUCUAGAGCUAUAGGUGAUGUUAAAUACAAACCACAUAUUACAUGUCAACCAGAGAUGAGAUCAUUAGUUUUAGAUGGAAAUGAAGAAUUUCUAGUACUGAGUAGUGACGGUUUUUGGGAGUAUGUAACAUCUGAAGAUGUAGCAGAAACUAUUUACAACGAAUUGCUUGAAACCGACGGUAACGUAUCCGAAGUUUGCAAUAAGCUUGUUUUCAAAUCUAAGGCGCAAGGAUCUAAGGAUAAUAUAUCAGUGAUAACGGUAUUUCUACAGGAUCCCAAGCAGCUAGUAGCCAAAAGAAGGGCUAUUAUAAUGGAAACAGCAAUGGAACCGAGAAACGCAACUGAAACGCUCACGUCAUACGGUCAAGAUACCGGUGAUUUUGGUCCUGAAACUGAUGUGGACACACCCGACGAGCCAAUCGGUUUGAUCAAACCUAAAGAAGAAGGAGAAGCCAACGUAAUUGACGAAAGUGGAGAAGAAUCCGAAGAAGACGGUGGUGGAUGGAACUACUACAAAAAACCAACUGAAGACGCGGGAAUAAAGACGUACCAAGAGGACGUCAACAGCACGAGCAAUAAUUCUGACGCCGAGGACAUGGAUUACAAACUGAAUCCAGAUGCCCCAGAGUUUGUGCCAGUAUCUUCACCACCAGCGUCUACGAUGAACCAUGCUCAACGUCUCCUUAACAUGGAUAAUGAUGAUUUUAUUUCAUCAUCACCACAAAAGUUUAAAGAUUUAGACAAUGUAGUUGUGCCUGAUGAGAAUGACUUCACCAAUGAAAUUAAAGUUCACGCAGCAGACUUGUCUAAGCUCAACAAUCCUUAUGAGCCCAAUGAUGAUUCUACCAUGCUGAACGGCAUUAAACCUUUAAAUGAUGAAGAAGUGACUAGUCAUGGUGCAACUAUUGAUAAUUUCAUUUUUCAAAAUGAACUUAUUACCAAUGGUAAUUCAGAUGAAUAUAAAAAUCCAUUCGUUUCGGAUGAUAAAGAUGAUUUAAACAAAGUUCAAGAUUUGUCUGAAUACCAGAAUGAUGAUGCUCAAAUUCAUAAUACAGAUCCAUUUGUAUCAGUAAUGGAAUCGUCCAAAAAUAAUGAAUUUAAUUUGACAAGUGGUGUUAAUGAAUCACAAAAUGAAUCUGAUCUUAAAUUAAAUAAUGAUUUCUCAAUGGUGAAACAUGAAGAGGAUAUGAAUUCACAAAAUAUUGAUGACACAAUCAAUACUACAAAUGCAACAGUUGGUUCAACUUUACAAUUUGAUGAUGAAUCUUUUAAACAUAGUGAUAAUUUUAAAAAUGACUUUUUGGAUAAUAGUCAAAUUGAUAAAUAUGCCCAGUACGAAGAUCGCAAAUUCAAUGACAGUGAAAGCACAACUGAUGCUGUUUUGGGUUCAGAACCUCAUACUCCAAUGCUUAUGGAUAAUCAAUCAACUUUUGAGUCUGAAAAUGAUGAUGAUCAAUUUUGUGAAACAUUCAAACGACAAACACAGUUAAAUCAUUUUGAUGAAAAUAAUGACAAGGAAAAUCAUGAUCCUUUCUGUUUUGAUCAAACUGAAGAUCCCGCUGGAAUAAUACCUAAUGUUACUCAUGAAGUUGAUGAAAUGCAUCAUAAUAGUGACAGUGUUAUUAUGCCUAAUGAAAGCAUAAAUGAACAUCAGGUAUCCGAAUCAUUAAAACAUGAACCUGUAGAUGAACCUUUAUGUAUAAGGGAGGAAGCUAAACCUUUCCAUUCUGUGUAUGAACAACAAUAUUUGCCGGAAUCCGAUUUCUCAGCUAGCAUUCAUGAAGCUUUAUUAAACGCAACUGAAAAUGAAUCAAGAAAUCAAGAGGUUGAUGAUAAUAUUGAUCAUCUUGAAUCACACAAUAUUGUUGAUAGUCAUGUAGAAGUAAGACAUGAGUACAUAGAACAUCAAAAACUUAAUGAAGAUUUAGAAAAACAAAAUCCAGAAUUUAAUGUUCCAAUUCAUACAGAUGAUAGAAAGUAUGAUGUAGAAGAUCUUGAACAAGAAUUUCAACCUGGAAAUACAUUCAAUUUUGAAUAUGAAAAUAACAGUGUAAAUUCAGUACAAACUGAAAAUUUAGAGCCAAAACAUAAUUAUGUAGAUGAUGAGCCCGAGCUUGUUAAAGAUGUCAAACAUGAAGAUCAUGGCAUUAAUAUUAUCCAAAACCACCACGAUGAUUUUGAAAUUAUAAAUAAUACUGAAAAUGUUGAACAUAAUGAUGUUGCUAAAAUAAUACAAGAAAAUAUAGAAGUUCCAAAAGAAGAUCAAUAUGAUGUUUCAACUAUUCAAGAUUCUGCAGAAAGUUUUGAACAAAACUAUGAUAAUAAUGUUACUGAUAUAAUUACUAAUAAUACAGAACACUCUAAACAAGAAGAGGAAUUCAUUGUUGAAACUAUUAAAAACUGUGAAGAAGUUAUCGACAAAACUGGACAGAUUCAAUCAGAAGAUAUUGAGCAAAAAUAUUUUAAUAAUGUUUCUGAAAUGCAACUUAAUCAAGUUGACAAUUUAAAACAAGACCUACAUAAUGAAGAAGUUGAAAAUAAUCAUAUUGAAGAUUUUAAACAAGCGUUACAUAAUGAAGAAUUUAAAAAUAAUCAUAUUGAAGGUUUUAAACAAGACUUACAUAAUGAAGAAUUCGAAAAUAAUCAUAUUGAAGGUUUUAAACAAGACUUACAUAAUGUAGAAGUUGAAAAUAAUCAUAUUGAAGAUUUUAAACAAUACCAAGGUGUUUCAGAAGUUGAAAAUAAUCAUGUUGAAGAUUUCAAACAAGAACAAGAAAUUGCUGAUGAAUUUGUAAAGAAGCACAGUGAAGAUUUACAACAAGAAAAUGAAUCCAUUCAAAAUCAUACAACAGAUAGUGAUGAAGAAAUGCAAUCAUCGAUGAUAAUUCAUUCUGAUGUGGAAAACAAUAUGCCACAACCAUACUGUUCGGCAUCUGAUACGUUAAUAAAUGAAUCCAAUAUGAUGUGUACUAGCAUGACAUUUGAAGAGAAUUUCCAGAACAGAAACAUGAGUGAUUCAUUGUACGUAAUGGAAACAAGUGCAGAUUAUUUUGAUGAGGAUGUUCAACCAACCACACAACUUGACAAACCUAUUGAUAAGCCUGAAGUUGAAGAACUGUCAGAUAUUAAUAACAAACUUGAAGAUCAAGUACAAAAUAAAAAUGAUAUUGUUACUGAAUCAAACCACGAAAUAGUAAAUGAACCUAAGAUAGAAAUCAAUCCAGAAUCAACUGAAAAGAUUCCAACUUCCCAGGAUUGUGUAGAAAAAAAUGAUAUCCAAGAUGAAAGUAACAAGGUUGCCGAAAUUGCAGUUGCGGCAGCUGUUGGUACUGCUGCUAUUGCAGCUGUCACUGGUGCCAGCUUAGCUUCUAAGAAAUCUGCCCCUAAAAAGAUAGAGACAACUUUAUCUAAAACUAAAACAACAACCGCAAAAACUGCUCCAACUAAACCAUUAGCCUCAAAACCAUUAGCCUCUACUCUUAAAAAAACUACUUCAUCUACAACAACAUCAAAACCAUUAUCAAGACCAACCACUGCUACUUCUUCUAAGCCAACAACUAAUGUUCGACCAACCACUGCUCCAAAAUCUACGUCUUUAAAAGCAACAACUGUCACUAAAGCUUCUCCAAAACCAGCUCCCAAAACCACAAUUCCUGCCUCCCGGCCAAUAUCAGCCAAAACAACACCCACUACACCACGAACAACUUUGACUAAAACAACACCAAUAUCAUCACCCAGAACACCUACAACUCCAAAAACAACUACAGCUGCUACAAAGUCAACAGCUACAACGCCAAAAACAAAUGCCACACCACGGACGUCUUUGGCUAACAAACAACCACUUACUAAUGGUUCACCUAAACCUUUAAGUCGUCCAACGUCUGCUCCAAUAAAGAAACCGUUAACUAGCGUGACAACAAAUGGUACCACAAAAUUAACUAAUGGCGACAUAUCAAAAACAUCUACUACAACAAAGCCACCAGUCACUUUAGCAUCAAGAAUGAGUUUAGCGCCUCCAAAGUUGCCUCCAAAAGUAAAGGUUGCACCUAAAACUGUAGCACCACCAGCGAUGCCAGGGCCAAUCAGAAGACCCAAAGCUCCCAUCACAAAAAAGACUGAGACGGCCACUUCCUAAAUUUGAUGUAUUAUCAUGUUUAAAAAAAAAAGAAGAAAAAAAAUUACAUAACUUAUAGUUAUUUUAUAAAAUUUGAUUUAUUAUUAUUAUUAUUAUUAUUUUUUAUCGUGUUUAAUUUUUGUGAUUUUUAAAACAUUGCUCUGCUAAAUAUUUGUAAAAAAAAUUAAUUUAUAUUAGCGGUUUAAAAAUUGAAGUUAUUCGCUUUUUAGCAACACUAUUGAAAUACAAAAAAAAUGUAUGUUUUAUGAUUUUUAUGUUUAAGUGAUACAUUAUUUAUACUUAUUUAUCAAGAAACCUACAAACAUUUUAUACGUAAGUUUUUAGUUAAAAAGUAUUAUUUUUUAUUGAUAAAAAUUAUUUUUACCUAUAGUACUGAAAAACAUCUGUUAACUAGGUUAAAUUGAGCUUUAAAUGUAAUCUUUAUCUAGGUGCUAUAAUUUUAAUUCAAACCUAAUUUAACAAUUGAACAUCAUAAUUUUUUUUUUAUGUUUACCUAUUUAUUUUUGUGUAUGUUUUUAAAAGUCUCACCUUUAUUUUUUUAAAUAUUUUUCUAUGUAUGUAAAAUUUCCAAUUUCACAUAUUAUUUAUUCAUAUUUAUACUUAUUUGGCCUAGAUUAUUAUUUUCAUUAUAAUAUCCUAUUCUCCCCACGCUUAGCUAUUAUUACCUAAUUUUAAAAUGUAUGAAUGUUAUGUUAGCAAAACAUAUUAUUUAGGCUAAAUUAAUAAUAUUAACAAUAUUAUUAUCCAUACAUGGCAUGUUUUUAUUUACCGUAUUUUUUAUUGAAAUUGACAAAAAUUAUGUUUUAUAUCAUAAAUAAAAAAAUAAAAAGGUA